AUGCCGCUUUUGAAAUGGCAGACUCCAAAGCAGCCAAUGAUGCUUAAGCCAGCUGACAUUGACGAUGAGCGGCGUGUCUUUCAUCAAGCCGUGUCAACGGCAGUGUCUGCUAGCGUUGGAACAGAUCAGACUGGGAAGCCACUGAAUAUGCUUGAUCUCUAUCCAGGAGGCUUCGCAUAUCAUUUAUUCUAUGCGACCGACUACUGCAGCAACUCACAGCAGCAAACGUGUGCAGCAGCUUCUGCUGGUCUCUACGAUCCUGAGAAUUCGACGACCGCGAACCAGAAUAUCACAGAUGCCCCUGGUGUCGUUCAAUCGCAGGGCAGCGAUCUUGCUCAAAAAACGACAGGCAACGCAUCGAUCCUGGUGGACUCUGUAAGCUUCAACACCACGGCGGGGCUCACGACCGUAGAGAACAGUGCUAUCGAUUCCAUCCAUGAGCAGGAUAUCACUCUUCCCAAUGGAGCAACUUACUCUCCACAAGUUGGUUUUCUCGCGCUCGGGGGCUUAGAUGGAGAGAGAAAGUAUCAGCGUGGAAAUGGCAUGAUCAUUCCCAAUCAUCUUGCCGGCAAGGACAUUAUACCCUCGGCAUCCACCAGCCUGCACUACGGCUCGGCAAACCUGGGGCCAGAAGGUAGUCUUGUCUGGGGAGGAUAUGACCAAAGCCGCAUUAUCGGCUCCGUGGGCCAGUUCGACAUCACAAAGUCUGAUAGCAAAAUAGAGCCCAACCUUCUUGAUAUCCAGAUCGGCACCGAAAAGGGCGGCUCUCCUUUCCCUCAAGACUCAUAUGUUGGUUUACUCGCCCUGAAUGAGACGUUCGGCUACCACCAACCUACAGAAAUCAACGCUGUGCUCCCAUAUCUCUACAUGUCCAAAGACACCUGCACCAACAUCGCCCGCCUCUUACCCGUGAAUUUCGAACCCGGCAUCGGUCUCUACAUGUGGAACGUAAACGAUCCACAAUACAAACGCAUCACCACCUCACCCACCUACCUAUCUUUCAUCUUCCCCGCACAAAGCACAACCAACCACUCCACCUCCACGGCCGACACCGCCGCAAACAACAUCUCACCCACGAACAUCACGAUCAAGGUCCCGUUCUCCCUCCUCGACCUCACCCUCGAAGCUCCCAUCGUCCCAACCCCAAGGCAAUACUUCCCGUGCUACCCCUUCAAUGCUCUUGAUCAAUCCGGCCGCUAUUUCCUCGGUCGCGCAUUCCUACAAUCGACUUUCUUGGCAAUGAAUUUCAACCAAUCGACCUUCUUCCUCGCACAAGCGCCAGGUCCAGAACCAGAUGCACCAAACAUCCAGAGUAUUCUUCCUGAUCAAGCAACCCUCACUUCAUCGCCCGCGGGAAAAUUUGCGCAGAGCUGGUCCGCGCACUGGACACCACUGCCUGCCCGGCCCGCUGCCUCUCCUCCCAAAGCGAAAGCCAACGAUGCGCUUUCAGGAGGUGCGAUAGCUGGGAUAUCUGUGGGUGUGGUUGUCGCUGCUCUCGCUUGUGCUGCCGCCGCCAUAUUUUGGGUUCUUAGGAAGCGAAAAGCUAAGAAAGCGGAAGAUGAGGGAGAGAAGGUGAAGCAAGAAACUGACUACGCGAAAGGGCCAAAUGGUUUGCAUGAGAAGGACACGGAGUCUGGAUGGACGGCUGAGACGGAGGGGGCACCUGUUGCUGAGACUGAUGGGUCGCCUAUCGCUGAGGCGGCAGGGCAUCAGUAUGGGAGUAUGAACGCGAGGUUUGAGAUGGCUGGGGGCAACCAGGAGGGAACAGCGAGGUGGAUAGCAGAGUUACCGGACGACAAGACUCUGCCUGAGAUGCCUGCUAGUCGGAGUGGGAAUGACAAGCCUUUGCCGGAGAUGCCAGCGGGUCGAAGUAGGGAGGACCUACGGCAGGGAUUGUACUUUUGA